GCUGUGCGCGCGCACAUUUCAGCGGUCUGUUCAAACCCCAGAAGCCAAGGUUUGCAUUUUUGACGAUGACAUGCUUUGUGAGAUGAAGCCAUGAGAAAAGCAGAUCCCCAAAGCAGAGCUGAAUGAAAUCUCCAGAAGCCCUUCCCUGUGCCAUAAAGAAAAAAUGGAUUGGCUGGAAAUGGAAGAACUAAGCUUCAGGAAACUAGCAGAGGGGUUAGAGUGCCCAGAACAUCUGAAGUACAGCUUCAACAUAAAAGGUGAACUGAGGCAUCUAGAUACCAAUGAACCCUUUGUCUUUAAUUACUACAAAAACGCACAUGAGAACAAUCAUAAACGCUAUCAGAUAUUAGGACAUCUCAUUGAACAGUAUGUUUAUCAACUCCUGGAAAGAGCAUGCAAGCUGCAGAGAGUCCAUGUUCCAAUAGAUGCUAGAGAGAACGAACCCAGGAGUUUCUUUUUCAUGAGUGAGAAAGCAUUAACAAAUCCCUCAAGCCUAGUUGUCCUUCUGCAAGAUCAUGGAGUCUUUCGGGCUGGGCAAUGGGGUCAGAAGACCAUAAUCCAUGAGGGCCUGGAGCAUGGAACUCAAAUACCAUUCAUCCAAAUGGCUCUCCAUGACUAUGGGGGAGUUAUUGUAUUAAAUCCCAAUGACAAUUUUAUUGAUAUGAAGAUGGAGGAGGAACGCUUGAGUUUCUUAACUAAGGGAGAAUCACUGUUCAAUGGCCAAUCCAUGGGGCAGAUCCCAAAGAGAUGCAGCAGCAGCCCUGAAGAACAUACCAUCUAUGUCUGGGAUCAUUUUAUUUCAUCCAAGAGUUUAGCCAAGAAUGUAGCCUUCAUUGCUCAUGGCUAUGGAGGCUUGGUUUUCAUCAAUUUACUCAUGCAGAGGAAGUGGGAGGUGAUGAAUAAAGUGUAUUCUGUGGCCUUUAUUGACUCCAUGCACCACACACACCACCAGGUGGGAAGCAAUCCAGAAGUGCAAGAAUGGAUACAGAAGCACUGUCGUGAAUGGGUAACAAACAGUAAACAUUUAGAUAGGCCCACAGGUUCCCUUGUUAAAGUGGAUUGUCCUAAAGUCUCUGCGGGGACUGAAAAAUACACCUUAGCUCCCUCCUACAGCUUACAGGCCAUCUUCAAGUACCUGAAGAGCACACUGAAAGCAAAGACCAUGGUAGCUUCCCCUCGUUCACCUAUUAAAACAAGGAGCACGUCAAGUAAGAGAUGCAGUAAAUAAGAGGAUGUUGAAUUAAUUUUCAUAACCCUCAUCCCAUGCCUAGCUCUGAAAAUUUGAAACAAAAGGUCUCAUUGUAGCAGUUUUGGUAUUGAAUUUCUGAACCUUUCUUUUCUGAUUCCCUGCUUCCCCCCCUGCCAGGCAGAGAACAUUGUAUUAGAAAAUGGUUGAUGUUACUCUUUUCAGAAAAAUGAAUUGUGCUUUUUAAAUGGAUGCCUGUAAACUGUUCCAAAAUUUAAAGGGUGCAGAGUAAAGAUCUUAAGGUAUAUCUGGUUCUCUUUACAUUGUUUUUGGAAGUUUAUAUUGAUGCACACUGAUCUAAUUACACUUUACUAUUAACAACUCAGGUUUCCUUGAGUAUAUAUACAGUUUUACUGUCAAGGGCAAUUUGGCAUAAGGGAUUAAUGCUAAUAACCUGUAUGUUUGUGUCAGCCUGCGCAUAGCUCUGCCAGUGCAGGGCUGCUGCUUAUUAUGUAUUCACCAGUAUUUUGCCCUUUCUUGUUUUGAAAGUCUCACACUGGAGCUUUCACCUCUCCCCUUGGUACAUUUUUCCUGAGCCUAAGGAGACUUCACCAAACCAUACACUGCUCCUCUCCUCCAGUCAGGGAUGAGAUGCUCUAAAUAUAAUAUAGUUGGAUCAAAUUAAUCCCCAGGGUUAACCACUGAGAUUACUUGAGUACAGAAUUUGUUCUAUUAUGCAUCUCCUUUCAGACUGAAUGAUUGUGAAAAAUACUUUAUUCUAGUUAAACAGGAACCACAUAUGUAAAAUAAUAUUGCUACUUAGUCUUAAAAGAGAGUAAGACUUUCCCUUUUAAACUUUUGCUCAGUCCAUUUGACUUCUGCAUCAAAGGACUCCUACUGCAUCAAGGGACUAUUUAUUAAAAUAGGGAUCUAUUUAUUAAUUUACUUUGAAAAAAGAAGACAGUGCAAUGUGUAAAAUGGAAGCACUUUCAAGGAAUGAGAGAGAGGCUGUUCUUAAGUAAAAUGGUGUCAAAAUUCUAAAACAAUAUA